AUAAUUUGAUUUGUAAUAAUACAGAUCUGGGGACUUCGUAUGCAUGGGACCAAAGCAGCAGCUUCUGUUGUAGAAGAACAUGUCUCUGGGGCAGAACGUGAGGAUGAAGAGUAUGCUGAUGUGGAUUGGGACAAGCUUGGAUUCAGUCUUGUACAGACAGAUUACAUGUUCGCCACCAGAAGUUGCAGAGACGGUAACUUCGAACAGGGUUACCUUAGCCGUUACGGCAACAUCGAGCUCAACCCUGCUGCUGGAAUUCUCAACUAUGGCCAGGGACUAAUAGAGGGGAUGAAAGCGUACAGAGGAGAAGAUGGUAGGAUUCUUCUCUUCCGUCCAGAGCUAAACGCGAUGCGUAUGAAGAUAGGAGCUGAGAGAAUGUGUAUGCAUUCUCCUUCUGUUCAUCAAUUUAUUGAAGGUGUUAAGCAGACCGUUCUUGCAAACAGGCGUUGGGUUCCUCCUCCGGGCAAAGGAUCGUUGUAUCUCAGACCGUUGUUGUUUGGAACCGGAGCAAGCCUGGGUGUCGCUGCAGCAUCAGAGUACACGUUUCUUGUGUUUGGCUCUCCUGUUCAAAACUACUUCAAGGAAGGCACAGCGGCGUUGAACCUUUAUGUGGAGAAGGUGAUUCCACGCGCCUAUCUUGGAGGAACUGGUGGUGUAAAGGCAAUUUCCAAUUACGGUCCAGUGCUUGAAGUGAUGAGAAGAGCAAAAUCAAGAGGUUUUUCGGAUGUUUUGUAUCUUGAUGCAGAGACUGGGAAGAACAUAGAAGAAGUCUCUGCUGCUAAUAUAUUCCUUGUGAAGGGAAAUACAAUAGUGACUCCAGCUACGAGCGGGACGAUUCUCGGGGGUAUCACACGUAAGAGCGUCAUCGAAAUCGCCCUUGAUCUUGGUUACAAGGUGGAAGAGCGAAGGGUUCCGGUAGAAGAACUGAAGGAAGCAGAAGAAGUUUUCUGCACUGGAACUGCUGCUGGAGUUGCUUCUGUUGGAAGCAUCACUUAUCAGAACACAAGAACUGAGUACAAAGUUGGAGAUGGGAUUGUUACUCAGCAACUUCGAUCUAUUCUUGUCGGAAUACAAACUGAGGCUCUGCAAUUUGUCAAGAAGAUGAUCAAAGCAAUCUCAUCUCUACGCAAAACUCUGGUUCUACCUCUUCAUUUACAUAUUCGUACGCUACAAAUUUUCGCUAAGUACAACGCACAAGCUGCCUCGGCCUUGCGAGAAGAGCGUAAGACAUCUCUUUAUCAAAAUGGAGAUGAUGAAUAUGUGGAUUUGGAUUGGGAUAAUCUCGGGUUUGGUCUAAGUCCAGCUGAUUACAUGUAUGUCAUGAAAUGCUCAAAAGACGGCGAAUUCACUCAAGGAGAACUUAGUCCAUAUGGGAAUAUUCAGCUAAGUCCUUCUGCUGGAGUCUUAAACUAUGGACAGGCGAUAUACGAAGGUACAAAAGCAUACAGGAAAAAAAAUGGGAAGCUUCUUUUGUUUCGCCCGGAUCACAACGCUCUCCGGAUGAAGCUUGGCGCUGAACGGAUGCUCAUGCCUUCUCCUUCGGUUGAUCAGUUUGUUAAUGCAAUUAAACAAACCGCUCUUGCAAACAAGCGUUGGGUUCCUCCUUCAGGAAAAGGGACUUUGUACAUUAGGCCUUUGUUGAUGGGAAGUGGUCCAAUUCUUGGUUUAGGUCCUGCACCUGAAUAUACAUUCAUUGUCUAUGCAUCUCCAGUUGGUAACUACUUCAAGGAAGGGAUGGCUGCUCUUAACCUCUAUGUUGAGGAAGAAUAUGUCCGAGCAGCUCCUGGUGGAGCUGGAGGUGUCAAGAGCAUCACAAAUUAUGCACCCGUUAUGAAAGCACUGAGCAGAGCCAAGAGUCUGGGGUUUUCAGACGUUCUUUAUCUCGAUUCUGUCAAGAAGAAGUAUUUAGAGGAGGCUUCCUCUUGCAACGUCUUUGUUGUCAAGGGUCGGACAAUCUCAACUCCUGCAACUAAUGGAACAAUUCUUGAAGGGAUAACGCGGAAAAGUGUGAUGGAGAUCGCAAGCGAUCAAGGUUAUCAGGUAGUAGAGAAGGCAGUUCAUGUGGAUGAAGUAAUGGAUGCAGAUGAAGUUUUUUGCACCGGAACUGCCGUAGUAGUUGCUCCUGUGGGCACUAUAACAUAUCAGGACAAAAGAGUAGAGUAUAAAACCGGGGAUGAAUCUGUCUGCCAGAAAUUGCGUUCAGUCCUUGUCGGUAUCCAGACGGGAUUGAUUGAAGAUAACAAGGGAUGGGUCACAAAUAUCAAUUGAAAAUACAAUCUUCAAUAUUUUGCCACAUUGGAGAUUACUCUGCAUUUUAAGCUGUGUAUACACAACAAUGAAGAACACUGUAAACAUAUAUAUGAGAUAGAAACAGAAAGCUAUUUUGCUCAUUUCUAUUUCGUAAAAAUCAAAUGUCUUUCACAAA